CUGGGAAGGAAUCAGGUAGCCCUCGAGGAACGGUGAUGUUGUCGCCGCCGAUUUUGGUCCUAUCCUGGGAUAUCAGUUUGCACACAAUGGCAGGCCCCACGCUGCUGGCCUUAGUUGCCAGGAGUAACAAGCGAUCUUGGAAAUCGGUGGUACAAUCCUUGGGGUCAUGGCUGAUAUCUGUGCGAAAUGGAAGGCUUGGUGAUGGACGAAAGAGUGCUCAUGAUGGCUCGAUGUCUGCGAUAACAGAGCAAUGGGGGGAAACUGAGUCGACCUUGUGUCUUGCGGUUUUGCGGUUUCGAUGAUUAUUGGCGGAGCGACGAAAAGCAACGGAGGACGAGGAGUUUUGGUGUGGAAUGCUGUCAACAAGUGCCACUGGGAGCACAAUUGAACCUGCGACGAAUUUGUCUUGGUUAUCUUUCCAAGCAAUGCACAUCUCCAAGCUAAAGCUAAAGCUCGAGCUCGAGCCCAAAAUUCGAGCCCUUGUCGGGAAGGUGAAGCGUCGAGGAAAGCCUUUUUCUGCUCCCCUGCUCAGUUUGCCCACCGAACUACUCCAGGAAAUUGCGUCCUUCCUGUCCAAACGCGACCAGAAAGCCCUGCGUUCCAUAUGCCAUCAGCUGAACAACAUGCUCCGAGCUACCGUGCUCUCAGCCGUGUUGAUCAACCUCACCCUCCCCUCAAGACAUUCCGAUCAAGACGUCCUCAAAUAUUUAGCUAGCCAUGGACCUGCAGACUAUAUCUAUCGGCUAAGAGUUUGUGUGUGGGGUUCAUAUUCCGAGCAACAUCCCCCGACUCAUUGGCGCGUGGCUGAGGGUGGCAAUUCAGAAACCCACCCUCCCUCGACCCGUCCACGUCUCCAGACGAAGCGCGACAUCGCAGAAUUUCGCGCGCUAUAUCACAGCGCCUUCGCGUCGUUGACCAACUUACGAGCUUUUACGUUGUGUAUCAGCAACGGUUCUCGCAAAGUACCUCCAUACUUUGUAGAAGACACGUUUAAUUGGUUGAUAAAACGGCCCUCCCUCGAUCUUCAUCUGACUCACCCGGAGUUCACCCUUCCGUACUUCUCCCAUUUAUCACAGUUUCGAAAUAUCCGCAAGUUUUCUCUAACUGGCUAUUCCAACAAUUCUACCCCGACGAUUGAGAAGACGCUCGCCCGUGUAUUUGCGAAUAAUCAGCACUUGUCCGACGUCUUUCUGCAUUUGGUUGAUCGGUGGGACAACAGAAGGACAAGUCUUGCCGUCUCCGGCAUAGAACGCGUGUUUCCAAAGCACGCAACGAGAACUAUACCGCUUCGUCACCUAUCGCUGAAGGAAGGUAGUAUCACCGCCGCCCCUCAUAUUUUCCACCAUCUUCGUGGUCUGAGGUCACUCCAGAUAUCUAACGUCGAUCUCCAUCAUGCUUCUGCCGGAUUCUGGACGGAACUCUCCCAACAGGAGAUAUAUAUUCCCUCGAUCAAGCUCAGGUGCCACAGCCUUGUGCUUUCCACAGUCGUUGAUUACCUCGCCUCCAACAAGGGGAUGACCGAGUUGACAUUUGAAGUUGAGACGGAUAGGGAAGGCACUUCGGGGCGAGUUUUGAGAGAAGUAGUCCCGCGUCACUCGAAGACUCUAGAAGUUCUCCAGCUGACGUCGUGUUGGGGCAGCCAUUGGAUUUUUGGCAAUAUCUCUGCAUAUGUAACGAGUGUAUCCAAAUGCGUGAAACUACGUAUCUUGGGUAUUGUAGUGGAUGGGAACAAAGACUUCAUGGAACCGCUUCUGUGUUUGCUGAAGUUCCUUCCGAAUCUUCACACCCUGAGGCUAGUCCCUCAUACGAAUGAUUUCGGCUCGGUCUUCAAGCGUAUUCAGCGCAUACGCAACGACAAGUCAUUAUUGAUGCGCUUGCAGGUCAUUGUAUCCGUUUCUUACCAGAAGCACAUCAGGUUUGUUGCUGAGCGAUCGAAGUGGGAUGUCGACGAUGAGAAGUCUGAUUGGCUACAAGAUGAUCCGUGGUACUUGGGCGCAUAACGUAUUGGAAUACAGGAAUGAAGUUAUGUAUCAUUGUAUCAUUUACGCUUGUAUUAUUAGGGCUUCGUCUCGUUACUGUCGAGUUGAUGAUAUAACAUGUAAGACGCGGCGAGUGACUGCGAUCUCACCUGCUAACGCUGACCCGUGCCUUCCACCUACCACCGCUGCGGUCAUUGUCUAUACGCAAUUCCAGUGCCAUGUUUACUCAAAGCGCAAUAUAACCUGUAGUUUACAAGCUUCACGACAGGUUUCGCCCAGUUGUUGAGCUCAACAACACGCUGCCAGAGGAUCUUGAAUAAUUUCUUCUUUACGACUUUUUGUUGCUGUGUUAUGCAUCUAGAUUUUUGUCACGUCAGGACUUGAUAACUUAGGGACUCACGUUUCGUUAGUAAGAGAAU